GCAUGCGCCCUACAUCCUCCUCUCCAUCCACACGUCAAAGGGACUUGAAAGCUUGAAUAAAGAUGCUCAACGUCUCAGGUCGCUGGAGCCUUAUCACCGGGUGAAACUGAGUUAUCUGUAGGGACGUGCGCACACACAGAAGCAGCGUAGGUUUUUCUUAAGCUGAAAGUCUCGUGCAUCCUGGUUUCGGCGCGAGGACAUUCCACCGACCGACAUGGAACUGAAGAAAUCUAUUUCGGACACCGAGCGCGCGCUCAGGAGCUACGGCGCCGUGUCGGAAACGGCAUGGACAACAGACAAAGGUCAUUCAGAUGUGUCCAUGGCGGAGAGCACCAUGGCUCCAGAGGAGAUCGAGGUGGAGAUGGCUCGGAUCCAGCGCCUGCGAGAGGUCCUGGUGCGCCGGGAGUCAGAGCUGCGCUUCAUGAUGGAUGACAUUCAGCUCUGCAAAGACAUCAUGAGUUUAAAGCAGGAGCUGAGACAGAUUGUCACAGCACCAGAGAAAGAGAGAAACAAGAAGCAGAGGCAGCGGGAAGAAGAGUUGAUCCUGAAGAUCCAUAAGCUGGUGCAGAAGAGGGAUUUCCUGGUGGACGACGCAGAGGUGGAGAGAUUAAGGGAGCAAGAGGAGGACAAGGAGAUGGCCGAGUACCUGAGACUGAAGCUGAUGCCUCUGGAGAAGAAACUCAAAGCCACACAAAAUGCUGCAAAGCCGAAGAGACAAAUCCCAGAGCCACCUCCCAACAAGCCGUCCAUCACCAAGUCAGGAGUGGCCGUCAUCAAGGACUGCUGUGGAGCCACGCAGUGUGCCGUCAUGUAACCGCUAAGACCCCGUAUCAGAAACACUCACAUCGCAUCACACGUCAUCCAUCACUUCCUGUAACUCAGAGAACCUCGGCUAACUGCUUUCUCCUCGCAUCUGUUCAGGAAGCAGGUUUGUAAUUGGGUCAGGGAAGGGGAAUUGUAAAUAAAAUACUGAUCAAUACACAUCUUUAAUUAGACCCAUCAUGAAACGUUCCUUUAAGAUGACAAUAUGGUCUGUGAUCAUGUGGUCGAGUGGAGCCAUUUGCAGAACUACAAGCACAAUGUCCAAACGGUGAAAUAUAAAUGCUGGCGAUCUCUGUCUGACAGGAGAAAAUAAACAUCUGUUAUCGUCCCGUCAUGAUGGACAACGGGGAUUUAUUCCUCCAUCACAGCCCUUUAUCAACCAGUGAACCUUUUCACUUAAGGAAACCCACAAAUCGGCUUUUGUACUGGAGCUAAGCAAUCAUUGUGACUCCAUGCAAUGGCUCGGACAUCAAUUUAAUCCUCUGCUAUUCUGUAAUAUCUGAUGUGCUUGAUUUAAAACUUUGACAGUCAAAAAAUAUUUGGUAGUUAUUGAAGAUAAACAUUUAAAAACACAGAAAAUACUUACGGAAAAUGUUCUUCGGUGACAAAAACUCCAUUGAAAUGUUGCUAUAAAAUGUGGUCAUCACAGGUUAGUUUCCAAACAUUUGCAUUUCACUCUACAAAGGCCACUUCUUAAUGGCAGUACAUCUAAACAUGACCCAUUAUUGUAGCGUGGUAUCCACUGGUUCACAACAAUUAUUACUCUGGUUAACCUUAUAGGAAUCCCUGAGAGGCAAAUGAGAACAAAUUAUUCUGAUUAUCCAUUUUUUAAGUUUGAUUUAAAUGCUAAGCUAAAUUAUGACUGUGAUGUCUUUUGAUGUCUAAUUAUGCAUCUUUGUCUCUAAUCUGCCAUUAGGAAAAAUACAAAUGCUUCACGUCCCGUUUAGAACAUGAAAUCAGCCUCUUGUGGCCAAAAAGAGUAUUGCAACAAUGCAUAAACAUUUCUUUUGAUUCUGACAACUUACCAUAGUCAUAAACACUGAAGAAAUAACAUUUAAGAGUGAGGUGGAUCACCAUGAUCAUCUUCUUUUCAUUUCUCUGAGAUUGUGUAACUAUAUAACAUCAAUUCAUCUUCUUUUUUGAUAAACAUGGUGGGAUAUUAUAUUGAAUGAUUUUAAAUGAUCCACUACACUUGCUCAUCCUCGAGUCACCACAUCAAUAUUGACUGUGGUAGUAUGUCAUUAUCCAUAUUCCUAACAAAUCUUUGCAUCCUAUUAAUUUCUUCGUGCGUUUUUCUGAUAAAACACCAGGAACUGAAUGCAACUCUUGUAAAUGCCUACAAUAGACGUGUAUGUUUGAGUGUAUUAUGACUUUAGUGACUCCUGUCAAGCAAAGUGUUGCCCUUUGUCACCUUCCUUCUGAUGACUUGGCAUUCUGUAGUAGUGAAUUUAUGAAGGUCCUAAUGUUGAAUAUUGAACAAAUAUGCAGAAAAUAAGCUGAAACUACCUGUACAUACAUGUUUAAAUAAAGAGCAUCUUUCAGGAAA